CAACAGCAUGGCAUGACCACUAAAGUUCACUGACCGAGCUCUUGUCUUAAGCUAACCACCGCAGCGGUGGACCAUGGCUGCCGGUGGCGGCGAUGGACGUCAGUACGGCGGCAGGAUCACCGUGUUCGUGGUGCUGUCCUGCGUCACCGCGGCCUUGGGUGGCGCCAUCUUCGGCUACGACCUCGGAACCUCCGGUGGCGUGUCGUCCAUGGGGUCAUUCCUGGAGGAGUUCUUCCCGGACGUGUACCGCCGGAUGAAGGGCGACGUGCGCGUCAGCAACUACUGCAAGUUCGACAGCCAGCUCCUGACGCUCUUCACGUCGUCGCUCUACAUCGCCGGCCUGCUCACCGCGAUGCUCCUCUCGUCGUGGUUCACGGCGAGGCGCGGGCGCCGCCCGUCCAUGGUCAUCGGCGGGGCCGCGUUCCUCGCCGGUGCUGCGGUCAGCGGCGGCGCCGUCAACGUGUACAUGGCCAUCUUGGGCAGGGCACUCCUCGGGGUGGGCCUCGGGUUCGCGAAUCAGGCUGUGCUUUUGUACCUGUCCGAAAUGGCCCCUGCACGAUACAGAGGAGCAUUCAGCAACGGCUUCCAGCUCAGCCUGUGCCUCGGGUCCCUCGCCGCGAACAUCAUCAACUACGGCGCGGAGAAGAUCACCGGCGGCUGGGGCUGGAGGCUCUCGCUGGGCCUAGCCGGCGUGCCCGCCGCGCUCUUCACGCUGGGCGCCUACUUCCUGCCGGAGACGCCCAACAGCCUCGUGCAGCAGGGCGAGGACCGUGGCAGGGUGCGAGCGCUGCUGCAGAAGAUCAGAGGCGCGGACGACACCGCCGCCGUCGACGAGGAGCUGGACGACAUCGUCGCGGCGAACGACGCGGCACGAGGCGGCGGCGACAGUGGCCUGCGGCUCAUCCUUUCGCGGCCGAGGUACCGGCCGCAGCUGGCGAUCGCCGUCCUGAUGCCGGCGUUCACGCAGCUUAACGGGAUCAACGCCAUCGGGUUCUACGCGCCGGUGCUGCUCCGCACGGUUGGCAUGGGCGAGAGCCUGGCGCUGCUCUCCACGGUCGUCACGGUGGUCGUCUACACGGCGUCGACGGUCGUGUUCAUGUUCGUCAUCGACCGGUUCGGCCGCCGCACGCUGAUGAUCGCCGGCAGCCUCCAGAUGCUGGUCUCCGAGCUCCUGAUCGGCGCCGUCAUGGCGGCCAAGCUGGGCGACGAGGGUGGGAUGGCACGCGGCUACGCGGCGGCGCUCUUCGUCCUCAUCGGCGUUUACGUGGCGGGGUACAGCUGGUCGUGGGGCCCCAUGACGUGGCUGGUGCCCACCGAGGUGUUCCCGCUGGAGAUCCGGUCGGCAGGGCAGAGCAUCACGGUGGCGUCCGGGUUCGUGUUCACCAUCUUCAUCGCGCAGGGGUUCCUCGCCAUGCUGUGCCGGAUGAGGGCCUGGCUCUUCUUCUUCUUUGCUGGCUGCAUCGUCGUGAUGACGGCCUUCGUGUACCUGUUAUUGCCGGAGACGAAGGGUAUGCCCAUCGAACAGAUUGGGAAGGUGUGGCGGGAACACUGGUUCUGGGGAAGGGUCGUAGGGUUAGAUGGAACAAAUGACAAGGUGUGAAAAAUAACCGAGCUAAGAAUUGACAAGGUGUGAGC